GGCGAGGACCAGGUUAAGUAGCUCGGUCACACUUUGGGAGUCUCUGCAGGCUGUGAGCGUAAACGAACAGGUUUCUUAUUCCUGACAGGACGAAACCUUCCGAAGUGAGUGUUUGUUGUUCAACCUGCUUAUCGACGGCUGCUUCUUCAAACUGUGCGCUUUUCCCCCGUCCAAACCAGAGGAUCCGACCCACGCAGGACAAGAAUGAGGUCCUUGUCUGCUUAGUGACCCAUCCCUGUUGAAGAUGUCUUGUCAAAGGUCCUCUGUGAUUAUCUCUCCUCCUGAGGUUGUGGUUGCACUCAGUAAAAAGUCAGGAAUGUCCUCCUUCUCCUGCCUAUGACAUGGUUUAACCCACGUACGACCCGGUCACCAUGAUGGCCUCCAUGGUUGCCAAUGGAAAUCAGGAUGGGCAGUCUCUGGUUCUGAAAGGGGUGGAUCCAGAGACCUGCAUGAUAGUGUUCAAGAACCACUGGGCUCAGGUGGUGAAGAUCCUAGAAAAACAUGACCCCCUGCGCAGCAGCUCCAGCCUGUCCUCCCUCAGUGCCGGCUCAAGCAGUGGCGCUCGUUUCGGCACCAUCCCCGGGGACGAGGCAAGCGCGGUGCAGAACUAUGUGGAGCAUAUGCUGUUCCUGUUGAUAGAGGAGGAGAGCGGGCAGGCUGGCGCAAUGGGCCCCAUCCUGGAGUUCGUGGUGAUGGAGAAUGUGAUGGAGCGUCUCUUUGUGUGGAGUCUGCGCAGGGAGUUCACGGAUGACAUGAAGCUGGAGCAGCUGAAGAUGUAUGAGAUGCUGGUGGGGCAGGCACACCAGCCUCUGCUGCAUCACAAGCCCAUCCUGCGGCCGCUCAUGAUGCUGCUGUCGUCCUGCUCGGGCACGGCGGCACCGCGGGUCGAAGCCGAGCUGGUGCUGCUGCUAAACCAGCUGUGCUGUGUUUUGGCAAAAGACACGUCGGUUCUGGAGUUGUUUUUCCACACCAGUGAGGAUCAGGGAGCGACAAACUUCCUCAUCUUCUCCCUUCUUAUCCCCUUCAUCCACAGGGAGGGUACAGUGGGCCAGCAGGCCAGAGACGCUCUGCUGCUCAUCAUGUCGCUCUCCGCUGAGAAUGAGAGAGUGGCCAAACACAUUGCAGAGAACACAUUUUUCUGUCCGGUGCUGGCCACGGGGCUGAGUGGCCUGUACUCAUCUCUGCCCACAAAGCUGGAGGUUCCCAAUGAGGAGUGGCACUGCCUGCACAGAGAGGACUGGCUCCAGAUGCCGUCCCUCGUCCAGUUUCUCAACUCGCUGGAAUUCUGCAAUGCUGUUAUCCAGGUGGCCCAUCCUGAUAUCAGAGACCAGCUAGUGGGCUACAUCUACAACGGGUUCCUUGUGCCUGUUCUAGCACCAGCUCUUCACAAGCUGACCCUUGAAGAGGUGAUGACCACCACAGCAUACCUGGAGCUCUUCCUGAGAAGUGUAUCUGAGCCGGCUCUGCUGCAAACCUUUCUCUCCUUCAUCCUCCUCCACCAACAUGAAAACGUGCACAUUUUAGAUACGCUAGUCAGCCGAAUCAACACCCCCUUCCAGCUGGGCACUGUGUCUCUGGCCCUUUUCCGCACUCUCAUCAGCUUAUACUGUGAAGAUGUGAUGCUGCAGCUUGUUCUAAGGUACCUGAUCCCCUGUAAUCACAUGAUGUUGAGUCAGAGACGUGUGGUGAAGGAGCGAGACUGCUACUCGGUGUCUGCAGCCAAGAUCCUGGCAUUAACGCCGUCCUGCUGCUCGCCCGAUCACAGCCCCCCACCCCUAAGACAGCUGGACUCAAUCCUCUUUUCCAAGGGUGCAGAGACUCCCAACACCACCAGCACCACAGAGGAGAAGGAGAUCUUCUUGGAGGAGGACGACGGCUCAGGUAACUCCUGCACAAUCGGCUCAGAAAUCUACCUGGAUGUCAGCUACCUUCAUUACCUCUACGACGCCCGUUUGAGCAUCAGCAGCUGCAUACGAGCCUGCCAUGUGUGGUCGGCCCCGUAUGAUGGCGAGGACCCACCUCCUGAGAAAUACCAGCCAGGUGUUCUGGAGGAGCCGGGGCUGAAGAGCCGACAAACCCAGAUGGCUCUCAAGAGGGUUCCACAGCCAGUAGCGCCGCGCCCUCGACCCUGCCCGCCGCCUAACACAGAGUCGGCCUCCGUCGGUCAGCUGGAACUAGAGUGGGAUGAUAGUUACGAUGCUGGCCCCAUGCAGACCUCGGAGGCUCCAGAGGAAACUAAACCUCGAUUACAGUCUCCUGCUGAGCCCCCAGUGCACAUUCAGGAGAUGAGGAAAACAGCCAUCAUGUUUGUGAAAGGCUCCUACAUAGAGGAAAAUGAGUUCCAGGACGACGUCAUGGUGUAUGAUCUUGUGGCCAAGAAAGACACUAGAGAUGUCGAGCGUGUUCGGCUCAACUCAAGUGGGUCUAAAAAAGAAGAAACCCUACAAAACUCAGCAGAAGUUCCCUUAAAAAACGGGCUCAGUUUGACCCUCCAAACCUCUCCGACAGCUGGUAACAAAAGCACCUCAGACUCAAAAGCCAUAAAUCAGACAGAUUGUAAUUCCAACCUCAAAAACGCUGCUUCUCCUGAGGGGGCUGAUGAUCUUUUGGCCCAGUAUGAGGAGCUCAUUCGUACUUUAGACUCUAAAGCAGCUGGAAGACAAGUCAAAACGGAUGGAGAGAUGAAGAAGCCCCUCUCACCAGCGUUAGAGGAUGAGGAUGAGGAGGAGAUGGACUUCACCUUCUUGUCUGUUGAGACACCAGAGAAACUUCAUUCACCUUUCAGCACCAAGUUUUCCAGCGGCAGUGCAGGAAGAAGCCAUUCAGUGCCUUUCACUGGUCCAUUUGUCAGUGUGUUGUUGUCUCGUAUGGAAAACAUGUUGUCCAACUCACUCCAUGUCAACCUGUUGUUGACGGGCAUCCUGGCCCAGUUAGCGGCUUAUCCUCAGCCUCUGCUGCGCUCGUUCCUCCUCAACACCAACCUGGUCUUUCAGCCGACUGUUCGCUCUCUUUACCAGGUGUUAGCCACCGUAAAGUACCAGAUAGAAGAGCUGGCUGCUACCAGAAAAGAUUUAAGCCAGUCGAUAACUGCAGCACAGCACUGGCUGCUGGCCAGGGAGACUUCUCUCGUAGAAGCAGACAAAAGCAACAUCACACGCUCCAACCGAGGCGAGGCGGGAAGGAUCUUGAAGAGUUCACCUCCACCAAUACCCAAAGCCAUCUCUUUGGACCGGACAGAAGUCUUCGCUACAGUCCUGUUCACAGAGUUCCUCAAAGAACUGGCGGCCAUUGCACAAGAGCACUCCAUCUUAUCGUACAUUCCUAUGGAAGAGUGAUCACGUCUCAGUAGACUCUCCAAACACUUGUUUUGUUCUUUUCAGACACUACUUGAUGAAGAAACCUCUUAGAUCAAGUAAUUUAUACAGCUACUUUUGAAAAAAAUGACAUUUGUAAGUGACAUAUUUAUUUCCUAAGCAAGGAUAAUCAGUUUCAUGUGCUUUCAGAUUACUCUGACGAGUUUUGUAAAGGAGUUUGGCAGCCAAGGAGGAGGUCAAAACUUUCAGCUAGAAAGGUUCUUUUUACCUGUUUUCUGAAGCAUACACCAGCCUAUAAUGUUCAAAGAGCAAACUCAAGGUCCACCAGCCAAAGACUGUUGACAUUUUUGACCUAAAAAACUUCAACCUAAGGUUUCUGGCCCUUUUCUGAAUGUUUUCUAUAACCAACUCCAACCUUACCAAAAUCCACUGCCCUGUUUGGUUCUCUUCAGUACUCAGGUGGCCUUCCUGGAGAGUUGAUGUCUCUCUGCCAUUGGAUAGCAAACCAUAAGUGAGCGCCUUGCAGCAUCAAAAUGUAAUCCGAAGAUAGCUGGGAAAGCAGUGUUUCUUCUUAUGCAACUGUUACAUUACUUAUUUUUAUGGGCUAAACAUGUUCACUUUUGUCAAUGAUAAAGUGGAACAUUUGUUUUGGUGUUUCUCAGUUUAUUCAUGAUGGUACCUCAGGAGUCCUUUUAAUGCAUGUUCUGUUCUCUCAGUUCUUAAAUAGCCUUUGGGUAAAAGCAAUUUUCCCACAAUGCACUAGUUUCUCACAUCAGUGAGCUCAACGUGUCCUCCAGAUCAGAGCACCUUAACACAAAUUAUUCAUGUUAUAUUUAAUAUGCCUUAUUUUAGUGAUGCUCUGUAGUGUACAUAUUGUAAGAACACUAUGCAAAUCAAUGUUUAUGGUGUAACUAAGUUUGAGUUAUUGUCAGAAUGGGAAGGGGUAUUUAAGUUUUUUCUGAGAGUUUCUAUUGCUAUUCUUUUUUUCAGUGAGGUAAUAAUAAAAAAAGAUAGUUGUUAUGGUUCAUCAUCUUAUAUGUAGGGCUUGUGUAGGGUGUUGUUAUAGUUGUGAUAAGUCUGAAAUAUCUUUUUGUAACUGUUACCGAGGGCAACCUGUUGGCUUUUUCUUUUAUCAUAGUCCAGUAGUUGCACAUAGUUGUUUGUGUGAUUGUUGACUCAUACUAGAGAAUUAUUUAGGUAGAAAGCAUGCCUCGACUGUCUCAAUGAAUGAAUCAGUACAGAAAUACUUUCAACAUGGUGCCUGACUUAUAAUGUUAGCUCACAACAUUGCCUGAUUUAUAAUGGAUGUACACAGGAGUAGUACAAAAUAUCAUAGCUAUUUAAGCUGAAAAUUAUAUUUUUUUAUUUUGAGCUUUCCUUUUUCAAAGUGUAAAGGAAAAGUCAGAUAGGCAGAAGCUGAAUAUGUACAAUGUGAUGUUUUGCUAUUUUUUAUCAGAGGAGGUUUUUUCUAUUAUUUCAACUUUAAAAAAAUUAUAAUUUACAAAAUAAUAGGAAUAUUACAAUAAGGAAAAGUAAUUUUUUGGUAAGUUUUAAUAUCUUGUAUUUGAAAAAGAAAUGUCAAAUGUUGAUGUUGAUUUAUUUUUUGUCAGGAAAAGACCUGGAGAUAAUGGACUGGUUUAACUAAUUCCAAAAAACAAAUUAUUAGCAGGGAAAUAAUUAGGAGGAGGAGGCAGUAAAUGUACAGUUAAACUUCUUGUUUUUGAAAAAGACACAGUGUUCAUUAUGGACAUCAAGUCCUGUGAUAACUUCAGCUAAUACGUUAGAAAUUGUAUCUAACAUUCUUUAUUUUGUUCCUUCUCAGAUCCAUCCAGUUUCUAUGCAGGCAAUCGAUGAUGUUAAAUUGCAUUUAACAUGAUGGCUAGGAAAUGUUUAUUUGUAUCAAUGAAGGCCAUUGUCACUAUUGUUGAAUAUGUCUUUCUAUCUGGUAAAAAACUGUUCCAGAGCACUUUGACAGCUUUUUCAGACAGUACUGCAGAACCAUUCUGCAUUCCUCAACCAGCACAGAUUCAAACAUACACAACAAGGUACAACAAUGGUUGCUUGAGCAGCAUUGUGGCCUGAAAACGGGUACUACAAACAUACCAGUUUCUAUCUCUGUAGGUUCUUCUUCCAAAGAUUCAUCCCCCCCCGGGACACCAUUUCGCCUCAGUUUUCUAUCUAAGAUGUGAUCAGUUUGCUGUUUGUUGCUGAAGCCUCUUGUAAUAAAAACAUAUUCUCGUAAAUGAAA